CAGAAAACACCAGCCAUGGGCAGUUCUUGUCAGAGGUGUUCUCCUUUGACGUUCAAGAUCAGAAAAGAUGCAUUUGCCAUCCAAUUGUUCUGCCUCAUACUCGUACAAGCGCCACUCGCUGAUGAGGCUGGCCGACUGCAGGAGUUCUCCAGGUUAAGAAUGGAGAUGCAACCUGAUGGAGUAGACAAUGAAAUGCUUAUGAGUGGGAGUAUGGAUCAUCCAAUAUAUGUGGGUAUGCAAGAUGGGCUGAAAAAGGUUGAUAAGAUCAGUGAACUUCCUGGGCAGCCGGGGAAGGCUGUCUUUGAUCAGUAUGCAGGCUACAUCACAGUUGAUGCAACAACUAGAAAGGCCCUCUUUUACUACUUUGCAGAGGCUGCUGAAGAACCAUCUACCAAGCCAUUGGUCCUGUGGCUGAAUGGAGGGCCUGGCUGUUCCUCUCUGGGAGGAGCUAUGCUUGAAAUUGGACCGUUCUUCGUCAACAGAGAUAACAAGACACUGUCCAGAAACAAAUAUGCAUGGAACAAUGUGGCAAACAUGCUCUUCCUUGAGAGCCCUGCUGGUGUUGGAUUCUCAUACUCGAACAGAACAUCAGAUUACAAUAACACAGGUGACAGGAGCACCGCAGCAGAUGCAUAUACUUUCCUCAUCAAUUGGCUGGAGAGGUUCCCAGAGUACAAGGGCCGCCGCUUCUUUAUAACUGGCGAAAGUUAUGGUGGCCACUACAUACCACAGCUUGCCAACACUAUUCUGUCAAAUAACAAAAUCAUGAACACCACUAUGGUCAAUCUCAAAGGAGUUGCUAUUGGGAAUGCUUACUUGGAUGAUGACACAAACACAAGAGCAACCAUCGAUUACUACUGGACACAUGCUAUGAUCUCCAAAGAAACUCACAAAGCAGUUCAGGAAAAUUGCAGCUUUAAUAGAACAUACACAGGACUCUGUAGAACCGCGAUAGAAGAAGCUAACAAUGAGAAGGGCCUCAUUGAUCAAUCCAACAUCUAUGCAUCCUUCUGCUGGGAUGCUUCUGCUCCCCAACAGCAGCAUGCCUCGGUAACCAACAUUGACCCCUGUGCCAGUUACUAUAUGCAAUCAUAUCUAAACCGUCAAGAGGUGCAGAGAGCAUUUCAUGCUAACACCACAGGGUUGAAGCAACCAUGGUCGGAUUGCAGUCAUAUCAUUUCUCCUGAAAAUUGGAAAGAUGCCCAAGUCUCUAUGCUACCAUCUAUUGAGCAUUUAAUUUCAAGUGGAGUAAGCAUAUGGCUGUAUAGUGGUGAUAUUGAUGCCGUGUGUCCAGUAACUUCAACACUGUAUUCAUUAGACAUCCUGGGGCUGCAGAUAAACUCAUCAUGGCGAGCAUGGUAUUCUGAUGAUAAUGAGGUUGGAGGCUAUGUUGUUGAGUACAAAGGUCUUGUAUUUGCAACAGUCAGAGGAGCUGGACAUAUGGUUCCUACCUACCAACCCCAAAGGGGGCUCACCUUAUUCUCGUCAUUCCUGCAAGGGAAACUGCCCCCUAUUGACCAAUGGCAACCUAGCACAAGACACCAAACACCCAUGCACACGCUUCCUAUCAAGAUGAAAAGAGGCCUCCUGAUACUUUGGUCCUUGUUCUACUUCAGUGCUGCAAACACAGCCACUAGAAACCAGGCCAACCAUCCUCUUGAAUAUGAUGAUUUGAGAUUAUCCGGCAAAUAUAUUGAAGGGAAACUAGAUUCGACUCUGAAGAAUGGGACUAGUCCCUCGGUGCAUAGAGCCCCAAAAAACAAUCUACAGGACCAGGAUAAGAUUGUAUCGAUGCCAGGGCAAACAGGGAUAGUAGAAUUUGACCAAUAUGCAGGAUAUGUCACGGUGGAUGGAAAGGCCGGAAGGGCUUUGUUCUACUACUUCGUUGAGGCUCCUCAAGAUCCUUUGGACAAACCACUAGUCCUAUGGCUGAAUGGAGGGCCCGGCUGUUCAUCCUUUGGAUCUGGAGCCAUGCUUGAACUUGGUCCUUUCUCCGUCCGUAGUGACAACAAGACACUGUAUAGGAAAAGACAUGCAUGGAACAGAGUGGCCAAUAUGCUGUUUGUUGAGAUCCCAGCUGGUGUUGGGUACUCAUAUUCAAACACUACCUCAGAUUAUUAUAACAUUGGCGACCAAAGAACAACGGAUGAUGCUUAUACCUUUCUUGAAAAUUGGUUAGAGAAAUUUCCUGAGUAUCAGGAUCGUGAUUUCUUCAUAACUGGUGAGAGCUAUGCAGGUCACUAUAUACCAGAGCUUGCUAAUCUGAUUGUUUCUAAGAAUAGAGCCAACAAUGCAACUAAUAUCAAGCUUAAAGGUGUUGCGAUUGGAAAUGCAGACUUGGAUGACAAUUUGACUCUACAAGCAUCAUUUGACUACUAUUGGAUGCAUGCUAUGAUUUCUAGAAAAGCUUAUAGAGCCAUCAAGGAUAAAUGUGGCUUUAAUGGGACAUACACUAAAGAUUGCCAAAAUGCCAUGAAAUUAGCUACCCAGGAAAAAGGAAAUGUUGAUGACUAUGACAUUUAUGCACCAACAUGCCAUGAUGCCUCAAAUUCUUCAAAAUCAAGUGACUCGUUUCAGUUAGUGUUUGGUGAUCCAUGCACAAACCACUAUGUCUCCUCUUACCUAAAUCGUCCUGAGGUCCAAAAGGCACUCCAUGCAAACACAACAGGGUUAGACUACCCAUGGAUGGAUUGCAGCAGCCAGCAUGUAUUUGAUAAUUGGAAAGAUUCACCAGAGACAAUGCUGCCAUCAAUCAAGAAAGUCAUUUCAAGUGGCAUUAGAAUAUGGCUAUACAGUGGUGAUAUGGAUGCAGUGUGUUCAUUCAUUUCCACACAAUAUGUGCUGGACAUUCUUGAGCUUCCUAUUGAAACAUCUUGGCGUCCAUGGCGCCUCGAUAAUGAGGUUGCUGGCUACGUUGUUGGGUAUAAAGGAUUGGUCUUCGCAACAGUCAAAGGAGCCGGGCACAUGGUCCCAUACUACCAGCCUCGCAGGGCAUUGGCACUAUUCUCAUCAUUCCUUGAAGGGAAGCUCCCUCCGCACUGAUCCAGUAAGCUGGCAGGUUUCACAGAUGCCCUUUGCUCAGCCUACGGAAUCACAGGCAGUCCAUAAGGCCCUAAUAUAUACGGCGCGUGUAGCUUGGAUUUAGUUUAAUUUCCCUGCGCAAGUGAAGGGAACUAUGUAAUUCUGCUAUAGUUGAGCGACUCAGUGUAAUGGGGAGUCCAACGACCUCUGGUUUGUAGCUAGCAUAAGGGGAAAAGUUCAAAUAGUACUAAAUCCGGAACA